AAACUCAACUGAAACUGUAACCACAAAGACCUUUUGGCCCACAGGUGGUACCGGAAAUUACUGCGCUACAAUCACUAUCCUUAUUGCAUCCAUUUACUCCUUGAGUACCUGGGUAAAUCGGUUUGCCCAGCUGCGGCGCAGAAUUGAAUAUGCAGGCUACAACGGCCCUUGGUGGCGCUGGCUGAUUACAUUCCUGAUAUGCGCAUCCAGCUUUUGUUGA